AUGACAGACCAACAGCUUCGAGACACCCCCACUGCUACUGCCACUGACUCUCCUCCUCCUCUUGCUGCUGCAGCUGCUGCAGCCCCCGCUGCUCCAUCCUCCCCCGCUCCUCAGGCCGAGCUCAUCCCCGCAGAGGACCCUGAGGAUACUUCCGAUAUUGAUCGUUAUGAAAUUGAUUCAGCUCUUGGAUCCGAUGCUGCCAGUUUCAUGUACCCGGACUCGGUGACGGCGAGCAUUCUCGAGUACAGAACUAUCCAAGGGAGAACAUAUCACAGCGAUCGCUAUGCUCAUGAAUAUGUCAUGCCGAAUGACGAGCAGCAGCUUCAAUCGGUUGACAUCACCCAUCACUACCUCACUAUACUGCUAGAUAACAACCUCUUCUUGGCGCCCAUAUCGCCUCAUGUCCAGAGGGUUCUCGAUGUCGGAACUGAUGCAUAUCCAAGCGCUCAAGUAAUCGGCUCAGACCUCUCACCCACCCAGCCUGAAUGGGUUCCUCCAAACGUGCACUUUGAGAUCGCAGACGCAACUCUCACCUGGCCCUGGAAAGACAACUACUUUGACUUCAUCCAUAUCCGCUACCUCUUUGGAGGAGUCCAAGACUGGCAUGCCCUCUUCCAAGAAGCACAUCGCUGCUGUGCACCCGGUGGCUGGGUCCAAUCAUGCGAGGCUGACAUACAUUUCUACUCCGAUGAUGGAACGACAGACAGCGAACCUGCACUCCAGAAGUGGGCGGAUCUGUACGAGAAGGGCGGCGCAGCAACGGGGAGGACGUUUUUCCUUCAGCAGGAGGCGCUGCAGGAGAGGAGUAUCACAGAGGCUGGCUUCACGGAUGUCAGGAUAUUUGAUUACAAGCUACCCGUGGGAGGAUGGACCAGUAAUCGGAAGCUUUUUGAGCUGGGCGAGUACGUCAGGUUGACUUUGGAAAACGAUCUUGAGGGAUAUACGCUGUAUCUUUGGCAUAACGUGCUGAACUGGCCGAGGGAGGAAUACCCGCAGUUUCUCACGGCGAUGCGAAAGGCGAUCAGUAGUCGCAAGGUUCAUGGAUACAUGAUGGUGCGGUACGUUUACGCGCGGAAGCCUUGA